UUGAAAUAAUAUAAAAUAAGAUACACAUUCCCAUACAAAUUGCAAGUACUUAACUCCCUCCUCAUAAGUAAGUCCAUGCCUAGAGUGUGCUUAUUUUAAACCUUGUAGAUAAAAGAAAAUGGUGGCUGCUGAGUUCGGAGGUGGUGGUGGGGGUUGGAGGGCCAUGAAGAGCUUCGCCUUGCACGUGAUCCUUGGUAGAUGGUUCAUGGUCUUUGCAUCGUUGUUAAUCAUGUCUGUCUCAGGUUCAACAUACAUAUUUGGUGUAUACUCCAACGACAUAAAAUCAUCCUUAGGCUAUGACCAAACAUCGCUCAAUUUGAUCAGCUUCUUCAAGGACACGGGUGGAAACCUUGGAAUCCUAUCUGGGCUUAUCAACGAGAUCUCACCCCCAUGGGUUGUCCUCUUAAUUGGGGCAAUCUUGAACUUAUUUGGGUACCUCAUGAUAUGGCUCAGUGUCACAGGUCAUACUGCCAAGCCCCACUUAUGGCAAAUGUGUCUAUAUAUAUUCAUCGGUGCAAACUCACAGUCAUUUGCAAAUACUGGAGCUUUAGUCACUUGUGUUAUGACCUUCCCAGAAAGCCGAGGCAGUGUUAUAGGCCUUCUGAAGGGUCUUGUUGGUCUAAGUGGUGCUAUUAUGACACAACUCUACCAUGCUCUCUAUGGGGAUAACUCAAAGGCUCUGAUUUUGCUAAUUGCUUGGGUUCCGGCAGCUGUGUCCUUUGUCUUUCUACGAACAGUUCGGAUUAUAAAGACAGCUCGGCAAUCCAACGAGCUCAAAGUUUUCUACAAUUUCCUCUAUAUUUCACUUGGCCUUGCCGGGUUUCUCAUGACUUUGAUUAUCAUACAAAACAAGCUCAGGUUUAAUAGAAUUGAAUAUGCUGGAAGUGCUUGUGUUGUUGUUAUUUUACUAUUUCUCCCACUUGUAAUAGUUAUGAAAGAAGAAUCCAAACUUUGGAGGAGAAAGGAGCACCUCAUAAAUGAUCCUGUACAAGUGAAAGUAGUAGCUGAAAAGCCACAGGUAUUGGAGCAACCAGUACUGCCCCCAAUUGAAGCACAAUCAAGUGAAAGAAAGUCAGAUUCUUGCUUCAGCAACAUAUUCAGGCCCCCAGAUAGAGGUGAAGACUACACAAUAUUACAAGCACUAUUCAGCAUCGACAUGUUAAUUUUGUUUGUAGCCACAACUUGUGGUGUCGGUGGGACUUUAACAGCCAUUGACAACUUGGGUCAGAUUGGUAAGUCACUAGGCUAUCCAGCUCACAGCAUCUCAACCUUUGUAUCACUCGUGAGCAUUUGGAAUUAUCUAGGACGAGCUUUGACUGGUUUUGCUUCUGAAUUCUUCUUAGUCAAAUACAGAUUCCCUCGUCCCCUAUUGCUUACAUUUGUCCUCCUUUUCUCUUGUGUUGGCCAUCUCUUAAUCGCCUUUCCAGUCCCAUACUCUCUUUACUUUGCUUCAGUGAUUAUUGGGUUCUGCUUUGGUGCACAAUGGCCUUUAAUAUUCGCUAUCAUAUCUGAGGUCUUCGGCCUCAAGUACUAUUCCACUUUGUACAAUUUUGGUGCUUUUGCAAGCCCAGUUGGGUCUUACAUUCUCAAUGUGAGAGUGGCUGGUAGUUUAUAUGAUAAGGAGGCUUUGAAGCAAAUGGAAGCUUUAGGUGUCAAAAGAGAGGACGGGAAGGAAUUGAUAUGCACGGGUGCUCACUGUUAUAGAAUGGCUUUCAUUAUAAUCACCGCUGCAGCGUUGUUUGGGUUCCUUGUUUCUAUUCUUUUGGUUCUAAGGACAUUCAAGUUUUACAAAGGUGAUAUCUACAAGAAGUUCAGAGAGGAAUCAGAGGCAGCAGCAAGUGAAAUGGCUUCCAAGGGAAAUGACAUAGUUCCGAUGAGAGAAAGAGAAGGUGGAGCCAGUUUCGUUGCCUCAGCCAAUGCUAGCUCUUUCAGUACAACCACCAACACCAACACCAACACCAACCAUCAUUAAAUCACUGAGUUAGACUAGAGCUGCUUAAUUAUUUAUAUGAUGUAAUAUAUUGCUAAGUUAUUUCUUUCUCGCUUUUAGAGAGAGUGAAAAAAAAAAAGGGAAGAAAGGAAGAAGUAAAAGUUGAAAAUACCAUGUGGGUUCUUGAAUUAUAAGUAAUAAUUUAAUUGUGUCCUUAAAUUUGAA